AGCGGAUCAACCUCCCCCAAUGGUCGAGUCCGCCCGGGUGCCGUAAAGCGGGUUCCGCAGGCCCGGACCACGUGCGUUGAGUUUGCGUUGCGCUGUGUCUUGCUGGGUGCUGCUCGUGAGCUUAGUUCGUGUGUACAGUACAACUUUACUCUGCACUUCGUUCGUACCGUACGUAGCCAAGCGUGCUAAUCGGAGGUGCGGGUGGGGGACAACAAACUAAAACACAAAAAGCAGCUCUAAGGAAUUAGUUUGUCAUUCUAGAUGAUUUAAAAGCGCACAGCUGCCAGUGGCUUCGGAAUAUCUGAACGAAGAGCGGGGUUAUAGCUACAGCCGCGAACCGGCGGCGUGAGCGGUGUUGCGAGUGUGACGCCAGCUCUGUACUCUGCGUGUGCGAGGCCCCCUCGUUUGCCGUGCCGGCCUUCAUAGGUGCUCGCUCACACAUUCUGUUUGGGCUACACGGGGUUCUGGAGAGCGGGGCGUAAGGCGUGUGAUGCCUGUGUGCCAUAUGGAGUGCGAGGUGUAGUGCGCGGCGUCAAGUGUGAGGAGAGUCGGGGUGUGUGAGCUGUUGUGCAGUGCGAGCAAGUGAGGGGGGGGGGGAGUGUGUGGCGAGACGCGCCUGUCACUACUCACGGGAGGCAGCCGCGGCUUCGUGUCCCCGUGUCGCGACGAUGCUCUACCUGGUCGGCCUGGGCCUGGGCGAUGCGAAGGACAUCACUGUGAAGGGGCUGGAGAUCGUGCGACAGUGCCGGACCGUGUACCUCGAGGCGUACACGUCCAUACUGAGCGUGGGCAAGGAGGCAUUGGAGGAGUUCUACGGGAGAGAGGUGGUGCUCGCCGACCGGGAGACCGUCGAGAUGGACACGCAGCGCAUUCUGCAGGAAGCCCGCGACGCCGACGUGGCGCUGCUGGUGGUGGGCGACCCGUUCGGGGCGACGACGCACAGUGACCUGGUGCUCCGAGCCGUGCGGGAAGGGGUUCCAUACCGUGUGGUGCACAACGCCUCCAUCCUCACCGCCGCUGCCUGCUGCGGCCUACAGCUGUACAAUUUCGGAGAGACUGUGUCGGUGGUGUUCUGGACCGACUCGUGGAGGCCGGAGAGCUUCUACGACAAGAUCGCCCGCAAUCGCGAGAUGGGCUUCCACACCUUGUGCCUGCUAGAUAUUAAAGUUAAGGAGCAGUCGGUGGAAAACAUGAUGAGGGGCCGCCGCGUGUUUGAGCCACCGCGCUUCAUGACUGUGAGCCAGGCGGCCGAGCAGCUGCUCGAGAUCGUGCACAACCGGCGGGAGCGCGGAGACCCCGUCCCGCUGAGCGAGGCGACGGUGUGCGUGGGCCUGGCCCGCGUCGGCUCUGAGACGCAGCGCAUCGCGGCCGCACCUCUCUCAGAGCUGGCGGGCGCCGAGCUGGGCGGACCGCUGCACUCGCUCGUGGUCACGGGGCAGCUGCACCCCCUGGAGGCCGACAUGCUGCGCCUGCACGCGCUCAGCGCCGGGGCGCUCGACGGACUCCGAGAGGUCGACGCCUCCACGCUCACCUCCUGAGCGGCGGCGGCGGCGGCGACACACAAGGAGCGUGGUGGGGGUGGG